AUGACACUUAUGAAAUUGAGACUUGGCCUUCUAGAAGAUGAUCUUGCCUUUAGGUUUAAAGUUUCCCAGUCACUUGUAUCAGAAACAGUCUCGACGUGGUUGAGAUUUUUCGCAAAGGAGUUAGACUGGUUGAUUAUGUGGCCAAGUAAAGGCCAGGUAAUGCUUGAAUUACCAGACUCUUUUAGAAGGCUUUACCCUAAAGUACGUUGUGUCAUUGAUUGCUCAGAGGUUUUUACUGAAACCCCAAGUGCUUUAGACAUCCAGGCAGCUCUUUGGUCGGAGUACAAGCAUCAUUGUACAAUAAAGUUCCUGGUUGCUAUAACAGCAAAUGGUGCCCCAUCUUAUGUAUCACCAUGCUAUGUUGGCAGAGCAACUGACAAAUUUAUUGUAAGGGAUUGUGGUUUUUUAAAUUUUGUGGAACCUUAUGAUCAGAUCAUGGCCGACAGAGGCUUCAAGAUCAGAGAGGAAUUGUUACUACGUCAUUCAGCUUUGUGUAUUCCACCAAGCACAAGUGCUGGAAUGCAAAUGGCUGCAGCUGAAGUAAAAGAAACUUCACGUAUAGCAAAUGUCAGAAUAUAUGUAGAACAAGCAAUUGGAAGGCUGAAACAAUUCCGUAUCUUGAAGAACAUUUUACCAGUUAGCUACCUAACUUUAUGUGAUGACAGUCAAAGUUGUGUGUUCACUUACAGCUUUAAAAGACCCACUGUGUCAAUGAAAGAUAACUGGCUGGCCAGUUGA